AUGGCGGACCUGUCGCCAGCCACACUCCGACGCAGAAGGGAUUACAUUCAGACCACCACAGCACUCCGCAACCAUGGGAUUCGAUAUCGGUGGGGGUUUCCCACGAAACUAAUACUCACCAAAAGCGGGAAGACGUCCAUCAUAUCAUCCCCAGAAGAAGGAUUACAGCUUAUCGAGACAUGGGGCCUACUAAAAGAACCACCGGGAGAACCGCGGCAUGACAAACGCCGCCCAGGCCGCAAUGCAGCCAUGAACUGAUCCACUAACUUACAAAACAUUAUGCACCUGACGCAAGUAUCAUUUAAUGCUUACCUAUGCUUACCUCUCUCUGUCACUCAAUGUGCUUCAGUAGGUAGCCGUCAGCUACCUUGCGCUGUAUCUGAGCUUUAUUCACCCCGUCCGCUCCUUAUGCCCCAGCACCCGUAGUGUCCCAGACCAAGUGGAAGGGCUUGCCACAGGAGGACCCUGAGAUAGGAGGGAGGCUAGCGGCAGUAAACCCGAAGAAUACUUACCAGUAUACCCCCACGCUCCCAUCACUAAGCACCGCUGGCCCAUAUACAAAGCAACCGAGGUAUUGUAGGCGCACACCUAUAGGGCAAACUCCACCAGUGAGCCUCAAUGUCACUCACUGUAGGCCACCCCCUCCCCACCAAGGUUCAGGCAUGCCAAAUCCAUGCCCACGGGCAAUGCCCCCCUCCCUCUAUAUGCCAACCCAGCUCUCUAUUGCAAUAUAAAUGCAACAUAAACUGUGCAGGUAUGCUUACCAAGGGUAUAAAGCAAUCUCCAAGGUUAUAACGUGCUCUAUGAAGCUAUAAAAAAAAAAAAAAAAAAAAAACGCCUAGAGCCACCCUUACUCACUAGACUAACUCCUAAUUGGUACAGAGAGCCUCCACGGCAUGCCAACCACCCCCUCCUCCCUUCCUCCCUGCGGGUUGAGAACGCCCAAUACUAUCUUCACCUGUGAUAGCGACGAUAUACAACAUUAAAAUAGUCCACCUGGGAGAAUGUAAGCUCUGCCCUCGAGCAGACAACCCGAUUAUGGGGACGCUCACAUAAAUCGGAGAGAGUCACUCAUUCAUAAAUACACAGAGUCUCAGAGUACUUAAAUCCCACAGCGCCAGGUCAAGCAAUGAUCCUUAUAUGUCUUCU